GCACAUAGCAGAAUGGCUCAGCAAGCAAAUGUUGGUGAUCUCCUCGCCAUGCUUGAUUCUACCAAUCUGGUGGUCCUGGAAGAUAUAACAGCUGCAUUUAAAGAGAACCUCACUUUGGAUCGUGGGCCUAUGCUUGUAAAUACCUUGGUGGAUUUCUACUUGGAAACGGGUUCCCAGCAAGCGUUGCACAUCCUAUCCACACUUCAGGAGCCGCAUGACAAGCACCUUUUGGAUAAAAUCAACGAAUACAUGAGCAAGCCUUCUACCCGCCUCCCUACUCUCUCGCUACUCGGUCACGUGAUAAGACGGCAGCCAUCUUGGAAGCAUAAGCUUUCUCAAGCACCCCUCCUGCUUUCUUUGCUGAAGUGUCUCAAGACUGACACCGACGUAGUGGUACUCAUCACAGGCGUGCUGGUGCUGAUAACGAUGCUGCCGAUGAUCCCCCAGUCUGGCAAUCAGUACCUGCACGACUUCUUCGGCAUCUUCGGGCGCCUUUCAUCCUGGUGCCUGAAGAACCCAGGUCAUGUGGCAGAGAUCUACCUAGUUCACCUCCACGCCAGCGUGUAUUCCCUUUUUCAUCGCCUUUACGGAAUGUACCCUUGCAACUUCGUUUCAUUUCUGCGCUCUCACUACAGUAUGAAGGAGAACUUGGAGACCUUUGAAGAGGUGGUCAAGCCAAUGAUGGAACACGUGCGCAUCCAUCCAGAGCUAGUGACCGGAUCCAAGGAUCACGAGUUGGACCCUCGAAGGUGGAAGAGAUUGGAAACCCACGAUGUUGUGAUUGAGUGUGCCAAAAUCUCCCUGGACCCAGCGGAAGCAUCCUAUGAAGACGGCUACUGUUCGGUCUCCCAGCAGCCGCUCUCUCACGUGCAGCACCGCCCCGCCGACAUGGACGGCAGCCCUUACCUUACUUCGCACAGUAGCGCUGGCUUCUCAACCUCUACCCCUCAUUCCGGCUCUCGGCUGACGCGCUCUCACAUAUCAGGGCAGCUACCUCAGAUUUUGAAUCCUCAGUCCUCGUGUCUGUCAACUGAGCCUCUGCAGGUUAACUUCUGGAGCCCCUCUGCUGUCUGUGGCAUGACCACUCCCCCCACUUCCCCUGGUGUUGUCUUGGAGACUUCGCAAGCCUCGUCGCAGCCUUAUAAGUUCUUCGGCACAUCUGCAGUUGGCAAAGGAACGCCCUCAGGAACACCUGCCACCUCUCCCCCUCCAUUGUGCAUUUCAGAUGAAUUUGUCCACGUUUCUGCUCCUUCAGCUGCUGCUGCUGCACUUCCCAAGAAGGAGGACAAACUGGAUCACGGGAGGCCUUCCUUGCCCCGACAGCAAAACAUUGUCAUCAACAACAUGAAGGCAUUAGACUCCCAUGGAAGUAAAGGUUCUGUAACUUUAAGCGAUCUUCCUGGCUUCUUAGGGGACUUGGCAGACUUAGAAGACAGCGUUGAGAAGGACAAAGAGGAUGAUGCCAUAUCGAAAGAGAUCUCUGAGAUCACCACAGCCGACACCGAGCCCGUGGUGCCUCGGGGAGGGUUCGACUCUCCUUUUUACCAUUUCAACGAGAGUCUUUCCAGCUCCCAGAAAAAAUCCCAGUCUGCGGCCUCGAACUCGCAGGGGCAGAUCCCGAACUCUGAUCCCGUAACACCUUGCCUGGACCAAUCUGGGAUCGAGAAUGCGAGGGAAACUCCUAGGCAAGCCUUCACGCCUAUAGACCGGCCCUGCCGAGACUCUGAUGAUAAUCCUGCUGGUAACAGGGAAAGCCAGGCCUCUGCAGAUCCGAGUAUUUUCACCCCCAGCCCUUACAAGAUCCCGGCCUGCAGGAGAGUAGGGCUGGAGAACGAGCAGCCUCCCCAUUACGAGCACCUCUUUGAGGUGGCCUUGCCAAAGACGGCCUGCCUCUUUGUCAUCAGAAAGACAGAAGAGCUGCUGAAGAAAGCCAAAGGAGGCCAAGAUGAAGAUGGAGCUUCUUCCGCCUCCCCAAUGGAAGUGCUGGACCGGCUCAUACAACACGGAGCAGAUGCCCACAGCAAAGAGCUUAACAAAUUACCCUUGCCAAGCAAAUCAGCUGACUGGACUCACUUUGGAGGCUCUCCCCCUUCAGAUGAGAUCCACACUCUGCGGAACCAGCUGCUGCUGCUGCACAACCAGCUGCUGUAUGAGCGCUUUAAAAGGCAGCAGCACGCGCUCCGCAACCGGCGGCUCCUGCGGAAGGUGAUCAGAGCGGCGGCCCUGGAAGAGCACAACGCAGCGAUGAAAGACCAACUGAGGCUCCAGGAGAAGGACAUCCAGUCCUUGAAGAUCAGCCUGCAGAAGGAACAGGGCAGAUACCGCCAGUUCCAAGAAGAACACGACAGCGUCGUGGCUCGGCUCCACAGCCAGAUCCGCCAGCUGCAGCACGACCGGGAGGAAUUUUACAACCAGAGCCAGGAAUUGCAGACCAAGCUGGAGGACUGCUGCACCGUGAUUGCUGAUCUGCGGCUGGAGCUGAAGAAGGCCAACAACAAGGUGUGCCACACAGAGCUGCUGUUGAGCCAGGUUUCUCAAAAGCUUUCUAACAGCGAGUCAGUCCAGCAGCAGAUGGAGUUCUUGAACAGGCAACUUCUGGUCCUUGGGGAGGUCAACGAGUUGUACUUGGAACAGCUACAGCACAAGCAUGCCGACACGCCCAAGGAAGUAGAAAUCAUGCAGGCGGCCUUUCGUAAAGAUCUUGAGAAGGCGAAGUGUUAUGUUCAGCAGCAGAACCAACAACUGGAGGCUUGUCAGAAGCGGAUAGCAGAACUGGAAUCUCAGCUCACCAAGAGAGACCAUCUCUUGCUUGAGCAGAAGAAAUACUUGGAGGAUGUGAAAGUUCAAGCCAGAGGCCAACUCCAAGCAGUGGAGAGUCGGUACAAAGUGCAGAAAAGGAUUACGCAAGCGUUUGAGCUGGAAAUCUUAGAUCUGUAUGGCCGCCUGGAGAAUGACAAGUUGCAGAAAAAUCUAGCAGAUGUCAAAACAGGACCUGCCGAAAUAGCAGACGAAAGGCGGCUCGCCUCAAAAUCAGGGACGGGAUGCGUCAGCGGAGACUGCAACUUCUGGCUCCCCGAAAGCAGUGCAGGCUCCAUCGCAGGACAUGGCCAAGAAUCGCUCAAGAGGAACGGCGAGACCAAACCUCCCAGCACCCGAGGGAGCAGCAGCGGCAGCAGCAAGGGCAGUAGCGAGGUCUCCACCCCCGAAAAGCCCCCUAACCAGAGAGCCGGGCAGCUGAGCCGCUGGGAGACCUCGGUGCUGCUGGACUCCUCCCCCGGGGGCGGCCCCCUGACUGUGGGCUCCCUCCCGAGUUCCGAGAGCUUCCUGGGCAUGAAGGUGCGUGAGCUCUUCCGCCACAAGAGCGAGAGCCAGUGCGACGAGGAGGGGGCCACCCUCAACAGCCUCUGUGACACUUUAAAGACCGAGCUGUGCAGAGACCCCAGCAUGGAGGCCAGGGCUCCUCCCAGCCCGGAGGAACCCGCCCCGUCCCCCCCGAGCCCGGAAAGCAGUGUUGGACAGCUUCAUAUAAUGGACUACAACGAAUCCCAUCAUGGCCACAGCUAAGCA